AUGAAAAAAUGGAUUAUAAUAUUAAAUUUAUUAUUUUAUAUUACAUUCUUCCAUCAAUGGAAUGUUGUAGAAUCUAAUCCAACAACACCUGAUGGUUCUGAGUCAUCUUCUGUAUCUACUGAAACUAAUCCAGAGACUACUCCUAAGGGAACACUCGUGACUCUGGACAUUCAAAGAACUGAGUGUACUGAUGAGUAUGACUUUAAUGACCAGAGUGGACUAUUUACAUACACACCCAAACCUAGCUUUGUGUUCAACAAGGUUACUCAAGGUACCACUGAUAUCUGGGAGUCUAAAAAUAAUGUCAAUGCUACUUUAUUAAUGUCGAAGUCUAAGGAUGGUGAGAAAUACCUAGCUCUCUUGCUCACCAAUAAUAUGUUCACAUUAUUCCAUCUGGACGGUAAUGAGUGGAACAAUAUCACAUCUGAUAGACAUGAUGUUUCUAACCUGAAGUUCCUCGGUGAUAGUGAUACUGAUCUCACCAAGUCUGACUACACAGUUAGUAUUGUUGACCUAUCAUUUACUUACAUAUUCAAAGAUGAUGUUAUCUGUAAGAAAAUCAAGUUGGGAGAUGACGAAGUUUGGAAACACACUGAUGACUCUGAGUUUUCAUCAUUAAAGAAACUCUCUCUAGAUCUUCCAACCAAUAAAUUCAGUGUCAUGAAUCCUUCAGAUCAGUCUAAGGAACUUGCUGUCAAAGUCUCUGUUGACCUCAAGCCCACUCAAAGCACCAGUGAGUCCCUAAACUCUGAUCAGAAAGGUGUAGUCACCUUAACACCAAAAGAAGGUGUUGGAGUUAGUGGAGUUAUAAGGUCAAGUGGCCAAGACAGAGAUACCUGGGCUGCUAUUUGGCAAAUCCAAGGUGAAUUUGAACUUGCAAACACCAUAUCAUUCGAAGAUUUUGGUAAGGGAAAACAAGUAUUGACUUUAAAUACUAGAUCAGGAAAAAAGAUGUUAUACAGAUCCAAAGAUGGUGACCCUUGGAAAGAGAUCGUCGAGCAACCACAAAACGCUUUUGAAACUGUUGAAACAUUAAAACCUCUUAAACAAGACUCAUCUGAUGUAACACAGCCUGAAGAGUCUAAAGAAUCUACUCCACCUGAACAACAACCCGCAGAUUUAACUCAACAAGAACCUACUCCUACAAAAGAAACUGAACAAAAAGAUCCCAAAAAAGAUCCUGAAAAACAACUAACUUUAGUUGAACUUGAUUUAAUCCAAACUACCAGUUCUGACCACUUUGAAUAUGUAAAGAAAAAUGAAUUUUCUUCUUAUGAUGCUAAACUUGGUUGUUUAUUUAACAAAGUAAUAAGAUCUGCUUCUUCUGCCUUUAGUAAAAAAGAACUAUUUUGGGAAUCUGAUUCAAGUUCUGAAAAACAUGUCAAAAUGGUCAGACUAAAAUUAUCAGAUAACCACAUAGCCUUGUUACUAAAUAACGGUGAAUUUCUUCUAUUUCAUAAAGAAUCUGACGAUAAAGAUUGGAAAGAUAUAACCAGUGAGAGACAUAAUUUUUCAGGAUUCAAGUUCUUCACAUUUGAUCAAAAUGACAGUGAAUAUAAAGAACUAGAUUCUAGUGGUUAUACUAUGGGUUUUAAUGAAUUUUCAUACGGUGUAUCUUUCAAUGUCGAGUGUCAUCAAAUUAAACACAACGAUAAACUCGUUUAUAAUUAUGAAUCUGAAGAAGAUUUCGGCCUUCUGAAGGGUGUUUAUCUUGGUCUGUCAUCAAAUAAGUUCUUCCUUACAAACUUAGAAGAAGAUAACAAAAGACUUGAUUUGGAUAAGGAAGUUAUACCUCCAAAACCAAAACCUAAACCUACUGAUGAAACAGCUGAUAUUGUAAUACAGGAAUUAUCAGAACAAAAAUCAAAGACUGAAAUUACUUCAGCUGAACUUAACUCACUUAAUAUAAACGAUACUAAUAAUACUCCAGAAUACCAAUUCUUUGAUAAUGGAAUUUACAAAACCUUCAGUUGUAAGCAGGGUUUUGGAUUUAACAAAAUAAUGAGUCCAAAAACAUUAGGUGCUAAUGAAGUUAUAUGGCAGUCUUCCGGAAAUGAUUAUGCAAUUAAAGUUCGAUUAAAAGAAGCUCCUAAUGGUAAAAAAUAUCUUCUCUUAUUAUUUGUUAGCAAAAGGUAUCAAUUUUUCUAUUCUGGAAAGAAGAAUGCACCCUUUAAAGAUAUUACCGACACUAAGCAUUCCUUUAGUGACAUAAAACUGUUCUCUAAAAAUGAAACCACAAAUGUCUAUGAACAACUAGAUCCCAGUUCUUAUAACAUAUCUCUAUAUCAUCUAUCACUUGGAUAUAGAGCAAUAGAAGGACAAAAGUUUCAUCUAGUUAAAUUAGGUAAUGAUGUAGUCUAUAAUUAUAAAGACGAUGUAAAUUUUGGUGAUCUGAGAGCAGCCUAUUUGGAUCUUAUAGAAAAUAAUUUGUAUGUUAUGAAUAUGAACGAUCAAACAAAGAUAGUAAAAGAAUUGUCCAGAUUAAAGGCAGCUACUAUAGACCUUAACAAGGCUGAAAGUACUGACCAAUUUCAUUGUUCCAAAGAUGGUGAUCUUGUUACCUACACUUCAAUAGGUAAUACAUUGUUUGAUAAAUUAAUAAGAUCAUCAAGAUUGGGUUCAGAUGAACUUAUUUGGAGAGUCACUGACAAUAUAUAUGCCACUAAAGUUGUAGUAGAUGGUCAAGGUAAGAAAGGAGAAAUCACCAAUACAAUUUUACACCUGGAGAAUGGCGAUAUUAAACAUCUGAAUUAUUCAGAUGGCAAAUGGGUUGAGGUUUCUAAUAAAGUAUCACUUGACAUUACUAAGAGUCAGAGCUCCAAUGAGUUUGAUUACUCAGUUGAUGGAGAAUUCAAAACUUUCAUUUCUAAAUCCAGCUUCCUAUUCAAUAGUUUAGUGGAAUCAGAUACUGCUGGAUCAGAGACAACAAUUUGGAAAACUACAAAUCCUAGUGAAUAUGUAAAUAAGUUAGUAUUAAAGGACUCCGGUGACAAAAAAUAUCUUUCUAUGCUUCGUGUUGACAACAAAUUUCUACUUUUACACAAGAAUCCUACUUCUCAGAAUUGGCAAGACAUCACUAAUACUAGGCUUAAUCUUUCUGAUCUUAAGAUGUUCUAUUUCGAUAGUGAUACAACAGGAUAUCUACUCUUAAAAGAUGACCAAUAUUCUGUAUCACUAGAAAAGUUUUUAUACGGUUAUGAAUUUGGAGUUGAAUGUCAUCUGGUCAAAUUUAGAGAUACUGUUAUCUGGAAUCAUAGCGAUGAUCCGAAAUUUGGAUCAUUAAAAUCUGUCCUUUUGAAUUUACUCAACAACAAGAUAACUGUUUCAACUCCUGAUGGAGAAUCAAAUGAAAUUAAUAUACCUGGCAUAAUUCCACCAUCUGAUAUUGAAGUAGAAUCCAAAGAAGAAUUUGAAGAUGAUUCAGUUACAGCAGACUCUACCCAGACCUCUGAACUAUCAGAUCAGGAUGAAUCAUCUAAAGAUUCAACCACUGCAACUUUAAUAGAACUUGACCUUAAUAAUAUGGAGAGCUCUGACAAUUACGAGUAUAUAAAAAGUAAUGAUAAUCAUGUAUUUACUGUUAAAGCAGGGUUUAAGUUUUCCAAAAUCAAAAAAGCUGAUCAUGUUCUGAAAGUGUGUCCUAGUCCUCAUUAUUAUUGUAAAGUUGUCGCAAACUAUGGUCAGCACAACAAAAUUAUCUUAUAUGUAUAUAAAACUGAUAAAGACUUUGAUCUCCUACUUCUUGAUGAUCCAGAUACAUCAACUCGUGACAUUACCUCACUUCCAUCAGAUACUGUUCAGGCACUACAAGGAUCUGGAGUAGUUUCAGAACAACUUAAGCUUUUAGCUUCAGAUGACGAUGGUCAAUCCAAAGAACUAGACCAUAAUAAGUUAAUGAUUGAAAAACUAACACACUUGAUAAACUACACUUUCGAACCAGAUACGAAAUGUUCAGAAAUUAAAUACAACGAUGAAACUGUAUGGAAAUAUGAUAAAUCCAUACAUGGAAGGUAUUAUCUCACUAAUGUAAUCUUGAACACAACCACUAGUUUUAUUUUACUUGAGUCUCAAGGUCAUUAUCAAUAUUACUAUACCUAUAUUAAUGAUGAAUGGAAAUGUAUUUCUGGUUACAAAACUCAGGAUUUACAACCACUUUAUUCUGAUAAAUUAAGAAUCUUCACACUAAAUCAGUUCGGUUUAAUAUGUGUUGAUGAUACCAUCCAAUUUAAUAAAUCUGUAAAGGGUCCCAUCACAUCUUUUGCUCUUAAUCCAGGAUCCAAAUGUGUCUCUGUUAAAUAUGGUGAAGAAGAAGUCUGGUCUUAUAAUUAUAAAGAUCAUGAAGAUAAAUAUCCAACCUUAGUUACUGUAAACAUAGAUGAAAAGACUGUCAUGGUAGAUUCUUCAGGAACUUAUCGUUAUCUAUUUUCUUAUUCUGCCGGUCAGUUUAGAUGUGUAUUCGCUUUCAAGUCACGUUUGAUAGAUCAAAUAGAUCCUGAAAAAAUAAAAUUCCUCACCACUGAUACCAGUGGAACCUAUGUUGAGCUUGACAAAUCCAAAUAUGAUAUCGAAGAACCAGAUACUGAAUAUAAAUUCAAGUUCAAUGAUGUUAUCUGUAAGAAGAUCAUGUAUGGUGAUGUUGAGGUUUGGAAACACACAGAUGAUCAAGAGUUUUCAACGAUAAGGAAAUUUAGACUUGGUCUUGUAUCAAACAGCUUCUUUGUCAUUAAUAAUAAUAAUGAAUCUAAAAAACUUGACGUCAAGGUUACUCUUGAUGUAAAUGCUACUCAGUCUACUACUCAGUUCGAACAUACUGACGAGAAUGGUAUCGUAACAUACAAACCCAAGGUUGGUUGUAUACUAACUAAAGUUUCAGAUGGUACUAAGGAUGUUUGGACAUACACUGGUAAUGAAUGUGCUACCCAGGUUAGGUUUAGGUCCGAUUGGGAUCAUAAAUACCUUGCUGUCGUACUCACUGAUGGUAAUUUCAAAUUUUUCAAAAAGGAAUCCGAUAACUGGACCGAAAUCAAUGACGAUAAUCUACUUAAAGACCAUACUCCUAACUUCACUGCUGCUAAGUCCCAAACUCAGACUUCAUCUACUAAAUCCGCAGCUACUCCUGAUACCAUAAAGACUAAGGUUUCUGUUGAUAUAUCCAAGACUCAAAGUACUGAUGAGUUUGAAUACUCUGAACAGAAUGGACUCAAAACAUAUACUCCUAAGGAUAACCAUGUGUUCGAUAAGGUAUCUGAAGGUACCAAUGUUGUCUGGGAAUCCAAAGAUGAUGUCUUUGCUACCUUGGUCAGGAAUAUGUUUAUUGAUGGUGUUAAAUACCUAGCUCUCCUACUCACUGAUAAUACUUUCAAACUCUUCCAACUGUAUGGUGGUGAGUGCUAUGAUUUGACCUCCACCAUCUAUGAUAAUAUGUUCUCAGUGUUCCAAGAGGUUGGUGAGUGGAAGGACAUAACUUCUGAGAGACAUGAUGUUACUAUGCUUAGGUUCCUUGGUGAGAAUGAUGUUGAGAUCGCUGCAUCUGAUUACUCAGUUAGUAUUGUUGACAACUCAUAUGAAUUCAAGUUUAAUGCUGAUCCAAAGUGUACCUGUAUUAAGUAUGAUGAUACUGAGGUUUGGAAACAUACCACUAAACAUGGAGAGAAUUAUCCAACAUCUGUUUCAUUUAACAAUCUGAAUAGAAAUUAUCUAGUUGUUGAGUCAUCUAGGAGUUAUCGUAAUAUGUUUCAAUUCCAAAAUAGUCAGUUUAGAUCAUUGGGUGCCAAUGAAAAAUUGAACUAUGACUGUAAUUCCACAGGUGUCUUCGAUCCCGAUAAACUGAAGUUCAUGACUACAGAUCCUUCGGACCCCAAUCAACUUGUUGAGCUUACACUGAACCAAUAUAGUGUAGAACAUCCAUCAUUUAUAACAUAUAAAUUCAAUUCUGUUCUAUGUAAAGAGAUCGGGUAUGAAAAUCAGUUGGUGUGGAAAUAUGAUGAAAAUGAACAUUCAGAUGAUUUCCCAACUACAGUUUCCAUUAAUUUAAAGAAAAGUUAUGUCAUAGUAGAUUCAUCCCAUUUCUAUAGAUAUGUAUAUUCAUAUUACGACAAGAAAUGGAAAGAGUUACCAUUCGGUUUUAAAACAUCAAACAUUUCCUUUGAUAAAUUUAAAUUGCUUACCAAUGAUCCAACUGAUCCAAAUAAACUUGUUGAACUUGACAGCUCCCAGUAUGAAAUGGAGUAUUCACAAGAUGUUCUUGCUAUUAAAUUUAACACCAACGUAAAGUGUACAUGUAUUAUGUAUGACAAAAAAGAUGUAUGGAAAUAUAAACAAAACGAACAUAAAGAUAAAUAUCCAACUACUACUGUUUUUAACAAAAAGAAAAGCAUUGUCCUUGUUGAUUCAGGUUAUCACUACCGUUACUUAUAUAUAUACCAGAAUAAGGAGUGGAAACCACUACCUUAUGGUUAUACACUAAGGUUACGUUCUUCUGAAUACCAAUUAUUUGACACUAAUAAAUUCCAGUUUUUCACUAUGGAUAAAAAUAAUAGACUUGUUCUCAUCCCAACAAAUGAAUAUGAUAAGGAAGAUACACCGACUCUUGUUAGUUAUGUUUUUAGAUAUUCCAAAAAUUGUCACUGUGUAAAGUAUGACCAAAAGGUUGUAUGGGAAUACAAACAAGAUGAACAUGGAAAUAAAUAUCCAACAAGAAUUUGUCUGAAUAAAAAGGCAAAUAUUAUGUUGAUUGAAUCCGGAUAUUAUUAUAGUUACAUGUUUGAAUUUGAAAACGGAGAAUGGAAACUCUUAGUAUUCAGUUAUAGGUUUAAACCCAAGACAGAUAUAGUUGAACCACAUAAGAUUAAACUUUUUACCGAUGAUCCCUCUGACCAAAAUAAACUUGUUGAGCUUGAAACUAGUAAAUAUGAAAAAGAAGACACCAAUAAUGUUAUAACUUUCAAGAUUAAAGAUGGUGUUAAUUGUACAUCUGUAAAGUAUAACGACAAUGAUGUUUGGAAAUACAACCGCGGUGAACAUGGAGAUAAAUAUCCAACAAAAAUUGUUCUGAAUAAAAACAAGAAAUUUCUUCUUGUUGAAUCUGGAUAUGACUAUCGUUACCUAUUUCACUUCGAAAAUGAUGAGUGGAAAUUGUUACCCUUUGGAAACAAGUUCAAGACUACUCAAAGUUAUGUCUUUGAUUCGAGUAAAUUGAAACUUUGUUCAAUAGACCACAGCAAUAACCCUUUUGAACUCGACUACUCAAAUUAUGAUAGGGUACCAAAUGGAAAUAUACUUACAUACACUCUAAAUCCUGAUGUUAACUGCACUGAAGUCAAGUAUGAUAACAUUUCAGCAUGGAAUUAUAACGAUCAUGAACAUGAAAAUAACUAUCCAACUACCAUUAUUUUUAACAGAAACAACGGAUUUUUAAUUGUUGAGUCCAAGGGCCACUAUGAAUCAUACUAUUCAUAUUAUGAUAAUAAGUGGCACUCAGUAUAUGGUUAUAAAGCUUCCAAGAUUACUAAAAAUAAGGAAUUCUAUAAAUUAAAGCUUUAUGAAACUAAUGAAGAUGGUUUGUUAGAGCCUAUCACUGGUUUCCAUGAGGAAGUUACUGGACCAGUUAUUACCUGUAAUAUAUCCAACGGAGUUAAAUGCACUCAUGUUAAAUAUGACGAAAAGACUGCUUGGACUUAUGAUUCUCAAAAACAUAUGGAACACUAUCCAACUUCAGUUGUUUUCAAUAUUACCAAUAGUACUAUUAAGGUAGAAUGUCAAGACCAGUAUGUAUACUUUUCCACAUUUAUUAAUGACGAAUGGAAACCUUUCAGUGGCUACAGAACUCAAAGAACUAAUGCUCGCUAUGAGGUCAGACUAUUCCAAAAGUCCAAAUCUGGAAAGUAUGCAUUUAUUAAUCCAUCUAAAUACAAUGUGAACUGGGACGGAGAAAAUGACGUCUAUGAAUAUGACCUGAAUAACCUAAGUUGUGCUUUGCUCAAGCAUCAUGAUAAUACUGUAUGGAGUCAAACAUCAGAUGAACAUCCUAAGUCAAUUACCUACAAUAGCGAUCAGAGCAAGUUUGUCCUAAGGUUUGAUGAUCAAUAUAUUUUCUGCUCAUUUGAAGAGAAUCAGUGGAAGAAGUUGUCUCGUAGGUAUGGUACUCAAUCUAUUCAACCUGAAGACUCUACUGAAGACUCCGCUCAACCAGUUACCAAACCAGAAGAGAUAGUUCCCGAACCUGAACCAGCUCCUGAAACAAAACUAAAGUCACUUAAAGAUGUACCUACACCUAUAGCUCUUGACCUCAAUGCUACUCAGUCUACUGAUGAAUUUCAAUACACUGAACAUGAUGGACUCUUUACCUAUACACCUAAGUCUUCAUAUGUGUUCAACAAGGUUACUAAGGGUACUUCUGUUGUUUGGCAGUCUAAGGAUAAUGUCUAUGGUACCUUGGUCAUGCAUAAGACGGAAGAUAAUAAAAAAUUCCUAGCUGUCCUAAUGGAUAAUAAUACGUUCACACUAUUCCAAGAUGUUGGUAAGAAUGAUUUAACAUCUAAGAGACAUGAUGCUACCAAACUCAAGUUCCUUGGUGAAGGUGAUCGUGAACUCACCAAUUCUGAAUACAAAGUAACCAUUUUUGAUCUAUCAUUUACCUACAAGUUCAAUGAUGGAGUCGAAUGUAGGAAGGUGAAGCUAGGAGAUCUUGAGGUUUGGAAACAUGAUGAUGAUAGUCAGUUCUCGUCAUUGAAGUCGCUUCAACUUGAUCUUCUCAAAAACAAAUUAUUUGUUACAAAUUCCUCUGAUCAGUCAAAGGAAUUCUCUGUAAAGGUUACUCUGGAUAUAUCGAAGACCCAAAGUACCAAUGAGUUUGACUAUACUGACGACAAUGGUGUCGUUACAUACAGUCUGAGGGCUCGCGAUACGUUUACCAGCUUUUCUCAUUCCAGGUUCAGCUCACUUUCGGGACUCCCGUGA